CAUGCUGCAAUCGUCCACGACGCUCGUGUAAUCUUUUCGUUUCUGUAUUAAAAGGGCGAGAAUUUUCUGGUAGGUCUUAACUAUGUGAACAAUCAAUAAGUGACGGUGAAUCAUACCGAGUGCAGCCAUUGUCCCAGCGAAGACAAGCGUUUACGUUUAGGUUAUGUGCGUGCCGUGCCGCUUGUAACAAAGGGCCCAUCUCCAGACAUAUGGAAAGCGGAGCCAUUUGUGUGCAUUCCAACAUGGUCGAAGACAAGGAGAACGUGGCAAAUGGGGAGCAGGUCUCCAAGAAGGGAGCCAAGAAGCUGGCCAAGGCAGCCAAGAAAGCCGAGCAGAAGGCGGAGACGGCAACAGCUAUUGCCGCUAACAAUGCAGCUGGCGACAGCGCCGAAGACAGCGCCUUGGGCCGCUACGGCCUCUCUGAGAUGAUUCAAUCGAAGGACAAACGCAGUGAGCGUAACUUCGUGGCUGUGCACGAGCUGAGCAGCCACUUGGAAAAGGGAUUGCUCUGGGUACGAGGACGCGUCCAUACUUCGCGGUCCAAGGGCAAACAGUGCUUCCUUAUCCUGCGCCAGCAGAGCAGUACAGUGCAGUGCAUACUGGCUGUGGGCGAUAUCAUUUCCAAGCAGAUGGUGAAGUUCGCGGGAAAUAUUCCCAAGGAGAGCAUCAUCGAUAUCCAGGCCAAGCCCGUCUCAGUGCCCAACAAGAUCGAAUCUUGCACGGAGCAAACACUGGAGCUGUGUGUCGAACAAAUAUUUGUAAUUUCCCAGGCCAAGGCUCAGCUGCCUUUGCAAAUUGAGGAUGCCUCGCGUCCAGAGAACGCCGAUGAUGACGGUCUCAACAUCCGCGUCAAUCAGGACACCAGACUGGAUAAUCGUGUCCUGGAUCUGAGAACGCCGGCUAAUCAGGCUAUAUUCCGCCUGGAGGCUGGUGUCUGCCGCCUGUUCCGUGAUAUUCUCACCGAGCAGGGCUUCACCGAGAUCCACACGCCGAAAAUCAUUUCGGCAGCCAGUGAAGGAGGAGCCAAUGUGUUCACCGUCAGCUAUUUCAAGGAUUCUGCCUAUCUCGCCCAGUCGCCACAGCUUUACAAGCAAAUGGCAAUUGCCGCCGACUUUGACAAGGUGUACACCGUGGGGGCCGUGUUCCGUGCGGAGGACUCGAACACGCACAGGCAUCUGACAGAGUUUGUAGGUCUUGAUCUGGAGAUGGCCUUCAAGUACCACUACCACGAGGUGCUCCACACAAUUGGAAACACGUUCACGGCGAUUUUCAAGGGAUUGCGCGACAAUUACAGCCGUGAGAUCGAGUCAGUGGGACAGCAGUACAAGGUGGACGCCUUUAAGUUCUUGGAGCCACCACUGAUACUGCAGUUCUCCGAGGGUGUGGCUAUGUUGCGCGAGGCUGGCGUGGAGACGGGCGAUGAGGAGGAUUUGUCGACGCCAAAUGAGAAGCUACUGGGUCGUCUUGUCAAGGCCAAGUACGACACUGACUUCUACAUCUUGGACAAGUUCCCCCUGGCGAUACGCCCCUUCUACACGAUGCCCGAUCCCAGCAACUCUACUUACUCCAACUCCUACGACAUGUUCAUGCGAGGCGAGGAGAUCCUGUCAGGGGCACAACGUAUACACGAUCCGGAGUACUUAAUCGAGCGUGCCAAGCACCAUGGUAUCGAUACCACCAAAAUUGCGGCAUACAUCGAGUCCUUCCGCUAUGGCUGCCCCCCGCACGCCGGCGGUGGCAUUGGCAUGGAGCGAGUGGUCAUGCUGUACUUGGGCUUGGAUAACAUUCGCAAGACCUCCAUGUUCCCACGCGAUCCCAAGCGGCUAACGCCUUAAACACAUCACCACACCCUGAUACUCUAUCGAUUUGAAUUAAAUUCGAAAAAGCAUUGUUUUAAUUUC